CCUGCGCUCCCCACUCCCCCCACCCUCCUCCUCCUCCUCCUCCUCCUCCUCCUCCUCCUCCUCCUCCUCCUCCUCCUCCUCCUCCUCCUCCUCCUCUUUUUUAGAAGCAACGAUCGGAGAUGGAUGUCUCUCUUUGCCCAGCCAAGUGUAGUUUCUGGCGGAUUUUCUUGCUGGGAAGCGUCUGGCUGGACUAUGUGGGCUCGGUCCUGGCUUGCCCUGCAAAUUGUAUCUGCAGCAAGACGGAGAUCAACUGCCGGCGGCCGGACGACGGGAGCCUCUUCCCCCUCCUGGAAGGGCAGGACUCGGGGAGCAGCAACGGGAACGCCAGCCUCAACAUCACCGACAUCUCCCGGAAUAUCACUUCCAUACACAUAGAGAACUGGCGCGGCCUGCACACGCUCAACGCGGUGGACAUGGAGCUGUAUACGGGACUCCAGAAGCUGACCAUCAAGAAUUCAGGUCUCCGGAGCAUCCAGCCCAGAGCCUUCGCCAAGAACCCGCACUUGCACUACAUAAACCUGUCCAGUAACCGGCUCACCACGCUCUCCUGGCAGCUCUUCCAGACGCUGAGUCUUCGGGAAUUGAGGCUGGAGCAGAACUUCUUCAACUGCAGCUGUGACAUCCGCUGGAUGCAGCUGUGGCAGGAGCAGGGCGAGGCUAGGCUGAACGCCCAGAGCCUCUACUGCAUCGGCGCUGACGGCUCGCAGCUCCCGCUCUUCAGAAUGAACAUCAGCCAGUGCGACCUUCCGGAGAUCAGCGUGAGCCACGUGAACCUGACCGUGCGGGAAGGGGACAACGCGGUCAUCACUUGCAACGGCUCCGGGUCGCCGCUGCCCGACGUGGACUGGAUGGUCACCGGCCUGCAGUCCAUCAACACCCACCAGACAAAUCUGAACUGGACCAAUGUGCAUGCCAUCAACUUGACCCUGGUGAACGUGACCAGCGAGGACAAUGGCUUCACCCUGACCUGCAUCGCGGAGAAUGUGGUGGGCAUGAGCAAUGCCAGCGUGGCCCUCACUGUCUACUACCCCCCACGCGUGGUGAGCCUGGAGGAGCCCGAGGUGCGCCUGGAGCACUGCAUCGAGUUCGUGGUGCGCGGGAACCCGCCGCCCACCCUGCACUGGCUCCACAACGGGCAGCCGCUGCGCGAGUCCAAGAUCAUCCACGUGGAGUUCUACCAGGAAGGCGAGGUGGCCGAGGGCUGCCUGCUCUUCAACAAGCCCACGCACUACAACAACGGCAACUACACCCUGGUGGCCAAGAACCCGCUGGGCACCGCCAACCAGACCAUCAGCGGCCACUUCCUCAAGGAGCCCUUUCCAGAGAGCACAGAUAUCUUUGAUUUCGACACUGAAGUGAGCCCCACGCCUCCUAUCACUGUGACUCACAAACCAGAGGAAGACACUUUUGGGGUCUCCAUUGCGGUUGGGCUCGCUGCUUUUGCCUGUGUCCUGCUGGUGGUUCUCUUCAUCAUGAUCAACAAGUAUGGCCGGCGGUCCAAAUUUGGAAUGAAGGGUCCCGUGGCCGUCAUCAGCGGUGAGGAGGACUCGGCCAGCCCGCUGCACCACAUCAACCACGGCAUCACCACCCCAUCCUCCCUGGACGCGGGGCCCGACACGGUGGUCAUCGGCAUGACCCGCCUCCCCGUCAUCGAGAACCCCCAGUACUUCCGCCAGGGCCACAACUGCCACAAGCCAGACACGUGGGUCUUUUCAAACAUAGACAAUCAUGGGAUAUUAAACUUGAAGGACAAUAGAGAUCACCUAGUUCCGUCAGCCCACUAUAUAUAUGAGGAACCCGAGGUCCAGAGUGGGGAUGUGUCUUACCCAAAGUCACAUGGUUUCAGAGAAAUUAUGUUGAAUCCGAUAAGUCUUCCUGGACAUUCUAAGGCUCUUAACCAUGGCAUCUAUGUUGAGGAUGUCAAUGUUUAUUUCAGCAAAGGACGUCAUGGCUUUUAAAAAAAAACAACACACAACACAAACCUUCUUUUAAACCUCCUUGUUCUGAUGUCACCUUGGUAGGCCGGGGGGCCCUCUGAGCGGUUGGAAGCGCUAGGCAUCGUCUUUCUCUUUGGUCGUUUUUGGAUCAGGGGAUGCUAAAUAGACACUGCGUGAGCCCCAGAAGUUCCGGCACCUUUUACCACCACGAGAUGGGCGUUGCCCUCCCCCCUUUCCUCCAAUCACCACUGUGUUCCUUUAUUCCCCCACCCCCGUUUCUGGCCUAUGAGACAACUCCUGCUGCCAUCUUUAGAGCUGAUAGAGAGAAUGAAACAAACAAACAAACCUGUGGACCAGGAACUAUUUUCUAUACACAUUAGUCAUUCUCUCUGUCUCUCAAUAAAACAAAACCAACCCAAUCCAACCACCACCACCACCACCACCACCACCACCACCAGAAAGCGUGAUGAAGUCCAGCCCAGCCAUAUCCCAGCCUCGCUUUCCUGCCUGGACUCGUGGGGUCUCCCUGGCCCUUCCUGGGGUGCCGUGCUGUCUGCCCUCCGCCUGGCCACCCACCCUGCCGCCUCUCAGGAGAGGUGGAGAUGGGAGCUGCUCUCAAGCGUUGGCUCCGGUUUAGGUCUCAGAGGAAAGAAUGGAAGCCUGUCAUUUUCCUAUUUUUGUUUUUACUUUUUGGUGGAGAAAGGAAAACAAAAGCAAAACCACAGCAGUCCACUUGUUCCCUUCCUCCCUCUUCUCUCUGGAGUGGCUCUGUUGAGUGAGUACCGCAGUAGGAACAUUCGUGGGAAAGCGUGUCUUCCGCCUCCUCCUGGGCCCCUGGAGCCACCGCUCCGGCAGGUGUGGCUGCGGAAGGUCUUGCCCCAUGGAUUGGCCAUCCUCCUAGAUCCACCAGGGACCCAGGGCCUUCCUGCUAGUCCAUAGCCCUGGGAUUGAGCUCUCUCCCUCCCACUUCCACUGAUUCUUCACUCGGAACUCUUGGAGCCCAGUGGAAUUGCCAUUCCGAGGUCAAGAUGGACCGAAGGGGAAGAGAAGCCAAACUCGGUCUCCUCCAGCCCCUUCUGGUGGCGCUGACGGACGUGUCACCCUGUUCUCUGGUCAAUCUGUGUGUUCACUCUGCUUGCUUUCACUCAUGCCUUACUCCUUGCCUCUCUCU